CUUCUCUCCCCAGGGGUGUUCAUCACCAAAGGUGACGUGGGUGUGGGGACCAUCGUGGGCUCGGCCGUCUUCAACAUCCUCUGCAUCAUCGGUGUGUGCGGCUUCUUCGCUGGACAGGCAGUGAAGCUCUCUCACUGGGCUCUACUCCGAGAUUCGACUUAUUACCACAUUUUCCAUCAACAGGCCCUCAUUGUGUUCAUAUACGAUGAGGAGGUUUGCUGGUGGGAGUCUCUUAUCCUGAUUCUCAUGUAUGCAAUCUACAUCCUCAUCAUGAAGUUUAACGGUAGGGCGCAUCGCUACUUCGCCCGGCGAAAGAAAGGUUCUGUGAAUCUGUCCAAUGGGCUGACAGGAAGCACUGAUCUGGAGGAUAAUGUCACGUGUGACGCGACUGCAGUCCUGCUCAAGAAAGCUAACUUCCACUGUCCGCCGUCGGUGCUGAUGGUGGAUGAGCUGCUGUUUGCGUACCCACACCAGCUGUCUUUCUCUGAGGCCGGCAUGAGGAUCAUGAUCACUAGUCACUUCUCCCCUAGGACCCGCCUCACCAUGGCCUCUCGCAUGCUCAUCAACGAGAGACAAAGACUGAUCAACACCAGUGAGACUCGGGUCAACCGCAUCACCAACGGCGACUCCGACUCUGCCGCCAGGGCUCAGGGGAGGCGGGGCUUAGAGAACGGGAUGGGCGGAGCUGAGCAGGGUCUGAACGGCAGGUGUACACUCCAGCGACUGGAGUCUGGGAACGAGACAGAGAACGAGAACGAGGAUAACGAGAACAACGAGAACGACGAGGAGGGAGAGGGGGAAGAUGGAGACUCCGGCCCCUCGGUGCCUUUCAAAAUUCCAGCCGGGGCGGGGAACAAGCUGAAGUGGAUCACCAUGUGGCCGCUGUCUCUGCUUCUGUUCUUCACCGUGCCCAACUGUGCCAAGCGGCGCUGGGAGAGGUGGUUCAUGGUCUCCUUCUUCACCGCCACCAUCUGGAUCGCUGGCCUCUCCUACAUCAUGGUCUGGAUGGUGACUGUGAUAGGCUUCACUUUGGGCAUCCCAGAUGUGAUCAUGGGCAUCACGUUCCUAGCAGCAGGCACCAGCGUCCCAGACUGCAUGGCGAGUCUUAUAGUCGCACGGCAAGGUCUGGGGGACAUGGCCAUCUCCAACUCCAUCGGCAGUAAUGUGUUUGACAUCCUGGUGGGCCUGGGUCUGCCCUGGGCGGUGCAGACGCUCUGCGUCGACUACGGCUCUACCAUCCAUCUCAACAGCAGAGGACUCAUUUUCUCUGUCGGGCUCCUGCUGGCCUCAGUAUUCGUCACAGUUCUCGGUGUCCAUUUGAACAAAUGGACUCUGGACUGGCGACUGGGCUUGGCCUGCAUCAUCUUGUACGCCAUCUUUCUCUGCAUCUCCAUCCUCAUCGAGUUCAACGUCUUCGUCUUCGUCAACCUGCCCAUGUGUCGAGACAUCCACUGACCCCCUUCUCCCUCUUCCUGUCUUCUUGUUCCUCAUGUCCAUGGAGGAAACCUCACAUGGCUUCCAGAUUCUCUGCACCCUGAAACCUUUUACUUUUAGACAGAAAUUAGAGCUCCAUAUGAUUUAUCUUUGGUGCAAUACACACAAGACAGAAGACAGAGGACUUUUUUUGGACCCGACGGAGGCGUGAAGAGAGUCCCAGCACCGGGAGGUAGGCUGGAGUGUGUGAACACCGACAGGACUGAUGCUGCAGGAGCUGCUACUGUAACUGACGGAGGAAAGAGGGAAAUCCUGCAGAGCCAUUUUUAGCUGGAUUGUUUGUUACUCUUUGUACAUAAAUGUUUGGAAUAAAAGCACACAAUUAAGGUAUUUUUAAGUAAAAAAACAGGCUGUAUAUAUAUUUGAAGAUUAUAUAAUAUUAACUGAUGUAUGGGAUUCUCUUAUGCACAACUGGAUCAGUCACCAAGCUGUACGAUCCAGUGACUAUUUUGUGAUUUCAGAAAUACUCUCCAAAUGCUUUACCAUGUCUGGAUGCUCAGUACCUGCGGACACAGCAUGCUGUACGAGCCCCAAGUCGACUUUAGCUUUGCACUGACGGAAUCCACAUAUUUAAUACUUUCCACAUAUUCUACAGGCUUAUCCACUACUACACAUAGGCUUUAUUUUCCUUUGGUAAAACCCACAUAGGGAAGGGAUCUGCCUGCCACUGGCAUCCAGCACUGUCACUUUAUUGAUUGUUCUCUCAUUGCAAAGCCUCUACAGGUACUCUAACAUAUAACUACUGACUUUAGAGCUCCCUCUAUUGUACAUAUUUAAGAAUUAGAUUUUGAGUUGAGUUUACCUCUUAAAGCCAAAAGUAUUUUUAGAAUAGUAGGAGUACUUAAGAGUCAGGUUGCGUGUGUGUGCAUGUGUGUGUGUAAGUCUUGAGAGGACCCAAGGACAUCACUGUUGCUGGGAAGACAUAAUCAUGAUUUAUUUAUGAAUUAAUUUAUUCAAAGAUCAUGUCUUACCGCCAGUUCCCCGCCCUUUGGAUCGUGUACAGUGUAUUUUAACGGGACUCUUUGAAUACUGUACAGUGUACUGUAUACCUAAUAUAUAAUCUGAGUACUGGAAACGGAUUUGAUGUUGUUUAUAUUUAAGAAUAGAUCAUUUAUAAGUUUUGUAUAGUUUGAAAAGAUAUUGCAACAUUUGUAUAUUGGCACAAACCCGGUGGUUUUUUCGACGAUGAUGCACGAGAGUCUUGAACGUCGAAUAAAUGAUGAGUGAUGGUUGUGGGAGAUUGACUUUCCGAUAAGGAAGUCCGUUCUUUGAACUUUCACAACAUAACGUUUCUUAAAACACAGUGCUUUAACUCUUGUUCCAUCACUUGUAUUUUGGAGGCUUCAAAGCUAACUUGUUGCUAUUCUCCUGCUUGUCUUUGAGCCAAAAAAACACCUGUGUCAGCAGUAUUGUUACUCUGUUUCAGCAUGUGUUCUAAAUUACAAAUGUGGAAGAUAUUUUGAUUUGAUCUUAGUUUUUAGCUGAAGAAUUGUAAUGCUCAUAGGGUUAAUUAAAAGUGUCCUUCUGCGGCCACAAGAGAGCGCUGUAGAGCCGUGUUUAAUAUUCACAGGUUAUUAUACGGGAAGUGGCUUUGGUAUAUUUUCAGGUAGAGAUAAAUACUGGUGGGUUUGCAUGCCUCUUCCAUGAUUCCGAUUAUUUUGUGUGUAAUUUAAAUGCAUUUCAAGAUGAAAAAAGUAUUGUACAUCAGAGGGAUAUGCUAUUAGAAACACGAACUUCUGAUGAGCAGUUAUAUUCCACAUAUAUAUACUGUAUUUAGAUUGUAGUCCUGCAACAGUUCGGCUAAUUAAUGUCGUGUUAUGCUCUUCAACGGUGUGUAAAUCCUUUUUGUUGUUGAUGAGGACCUCUGGGCAGAGUUCAGAGAGAGGAAGAUGUUCCCAGUGGUCUUCUUGCAAUAAACUGAUUUACACACACUGAUGACUUCUGAUUACCUUCCUGUUUCACAGCAACCUAUCAGAACAAUAAAGUGAGACACAUACUGUU